CGGCAUUUCUUCCGUGAUCAAAGGCAGCUUGACCGCAUCGAGGCAUUUGCAAUGGAAUAUGUUAUUGGUACUGUGCAACAUCUCAAGGAUUCGGAUAUCAGUUUGAGAAAACUUGCGGCAAGUCUGCAUGGUCUUGUAACUACAGCCGCAGUAAAUUGCGACGAAUCGCCGAAACUUUGCAAAUUAUUUGACCGUACGAGUGGUGUCAUUUGCUUUUGGCAGAUUGAUGCUAAAAAGCCGGAUGAAAUACGAGAGAUCGAUAGCCUUGAUUACAAAGAAAUUGCAGCAGCUGUAUUAAAACACGCUCCCGGCAUUCCUUACAUUGAACACGAACAUUUAAAGCGCCUGGUUGAAGGUUAUUUUUUUUAUUUUUUUUCCUGA